CACAGAAUAACCCGGAGAAGGUAAUAUGUAAUAAUUAAUAACCUAAUAUAAACCCUAAGUUAUAAAGGAAUCCUACUACUUACAGGAAACUAUUUUAGAUUCCAAUUCCGAGUAUAAUUAGGGUUUGUUUCCCAGUGGGAGCCAAUGGAAACUAUAUAUAGAGGAGUUGAUCAACUUUUCUUAGAAACAAGAGAAGCCAAUGGAGUCGUCACUUGGAAAGUUGAUUUCUAAAUCUCUAAAGAGACCUGGCGAUUUAUUUUUCCCCACCCAUGGCAGUGAACUGGCCCCUCCUGACCUGCAGACUAAAAAAAUUCGCAUGACUUACAAGGCAAGCAUGGAGUACGGUGGACUUAAACUGACGGCUGAUCGACAAAACCCCGCUGCCGACCACGAUGAAUCGUCCAAUGCUCUUCCCCUUGAUCCAAAUCCUACUACUGCUAGGAGUCAUUCAAGCACCCAAGGAGAUCAAAACGCUGAUUUGUUUUUGAGUCCAUCUGCAACCCCCAAUGCCAAGGCGCCGAUUAAUAUUGCUGAUGCCACUCCGGUUUUUUCUGCUCCUGGUUCGUCCCGUUCCCACGAUCAGAGGUGUUUAACAACAACGCUGGAUUUAGCCCGAAAUUGGCCACGUCCCGUUUGGCAUAGCCCAUGGAAGAUUUACAGGGUCAUCAGUGGUCACCUAGGAUGGGUUCGCUCUGUUGCUUUUGAUCCAAGCAACAGAUGGUUCUGUACAGGAUCCGCAGACCGGACAAUCAAAAUAUGGGACGUAGCAAGUGGGACGCUACAACUUUCUCUUACCGGACACAUUGGGCAAAUACGAAGCCUUGCCGUUAGCUCCAGGCAACCCUAUUUGUUCUCGGCUGGCGAUGACAAACAAGUCAAAUGUUGGGACCUUGAACAGAACAAGGUUAUCCGUUCGUAUCACGGUCAUCUUAGUGGCGUCUACAGCAUGGCUCUCCAUCCGACUCUUGACGUUUUAGUCACCGGGGGUCGGGAUAGCGUAUGCCGUGUUUGGGAUGUUCGUCUCAAGAAUGUGCAAGUUCAUGCAUUGACUGGACACGAAGAUACAGUUUGCUCCCUUCUCACCCGCCCAACGGAUCCACAAGUUAUUAGCGGGUCUCACGAUACAACUGUCAAGCUGUGGGACCUUAGAAAGGGAAAAACCUUUUCAACUUUAACGCAUCAUAAGAAAUCGGUGCGAGCACUGACACAUCAUCCUAAGCUAGAUCGGGGUAAUUGCUUCGCAUCGGCUUCAACAAACACCAUCAAAAAGUUCAACCUUCCGAGGGGUGAGUUUUUGCACAACAUGCUCUCCCAACAGAAGUCCAUUAUCAACGCGAUGGCCGUCAAUGAAGAUGGAGUUAUGGCUACAGGAGGCGACAACGGUAGCUUGUGGUUUUGGGAUUGGAAGAGCGGCCACAACUUCCAGCAAUCCCAUACAAUCGCACAACCAGGCUCGCUGGAGGGUGAAGCUGGGAUUUAUGCUCUUUGCUACGAUGUCACUGGCACAAGGCUGGUUACUUGUGAAGCUGACAAGACAAUCAAGAUGUGGAAACAAGACGAAAAGGCCACCCUGGAAACUCAUCCUCUAAAUUUUAGGCCUCCUAAUCUUAGAGACGUUGGGCGGUUCUAGCUCACGGUGUGCUUACUUUGUUACUACGAUAUUGAAGUUUACAACUUUUUUAUAAUGUUUAUUUUGAUUCUGCUUCAUAAUGUAUGCGUUACUAUCAUGGCUUGAAUUUUAUAUGCGUAAUUCAAUUGCUUAAU